UGACCGUACACUGCCAAAGACACUGAUCUUCACACUUUCGCAGUGUGUAAGUAACUUUCUCUCUUUCUCUCUACCUUUAGGUUCAUUGGCUGAGCUCAAUGGCCAAGGAAGAACAAGUGUUUGAGUUCCUCGGGUGUGUUCCUCUGCUACAGAGACUUCCUAGCUCCUCCGUCAGGAAGAUUUCUCAGCUUGUGAUUGUUAAGCACUAUGAGCCUGGAGAGUAUGUUGUUCGUGAGGGGGAACCUGCAGAUGGGCUUUACUUCAUAUUUGAAGGAGAGGCUGAAGUUAUUGGAUCGGAUAGAACUGAUGAUGAAAAUCAUCCAGAAUUUCUAUUAAAAAGAUAUGACUAUUUUGGUUAUGGUCUAGCAAAUGCUGUUCAUCAAGCUGAUGUCAUAGCUCUGACUAAGUUGUCAUGUUUAUUGCUGCUUCAUGAGCACUCAGCACUGCUACAGCCAAAUUCUAUUUGGAGUGAAGAAAAACCUGUUGAUACAUGCUCGCUAGUGGAGCAUAUAUUGCAUUUGGAGCCUAUAGAGGUAGAUAUCUUCCGAGGAAUCACCCCUCCAAAGGCUCCAAAAUUCGGGAAGGUGUUUGGUGGACAGACAGUUGGACAGGCACUGGCUGCAGCAUCAAAAUCUGUUGAUUGUCUUAAAGUUGUUCAUAGCUUGCAUGCCUAUUUUCUUCUUGUUGGGGAUUUUAACAUGCCAAUUAUAUAUCAAGUUCAUAGACUCCGUGAAGGGAAGAGCUUUGCCACGAGGAGAGUGGAUGCAAUUCAAAAGGGAAAUAUCAUUUUCACUUUGAUGGCUUCAUUUCAAAAAGAAGAAAUUGGGUUUGAACACCAGGAAGUGACUAUGCCAUCUGUCCCUAAUCCAGAUGAGCUUCUUUCAAUGGAAGAGUUACGGGAACAACGUCUUACUGACCCUCGUCUCCCAAGAACUUACCGUAACAAGGUUGCUACAUCCGAGUUCAUUCCCUGGCCCAUAGAGAUAAGGUUCUGUGAGCCUAAAACUAAAACAACUCAGACCAAAUCUCCUCCCAGUUUGAGAUACUGGUUUAGAGCAAAGGGGAAACUUUCAGAUGAUCAGGCCUUGCAUAGGUGUGUGGUGGCAUAUGCUUCUGAUCUGAUAUUUCUUCAAGUUAGCUUAAACCCUCAUCGUCGAAAGGGCUUCAAGGCCCGGGCUGUUAGCCUAGACCACUCGAUGUGGUUUCAUCGCCCUCUAAGAGCUGAUGACUGGGUUCUAUUUGUGAUCUUUUCUCCUAGUACCUCCAAUGCGCGUGGCUAUGUCUCAGGCCAAAUGUUCAAUCAGAAGGGAGAACACCUUGUAUCAUUGGUUCAAGAAGGUCUAAUGAGGAAAGUUAGUACUCCAAAUUCAGCCAUCAAAUCUAAGUUGUGAGGUAGCUGAAAAUGCAGGCGAACAUGUGGUUCCUGUUCAGGGAAAUCCCUUUAUUCUAAUAAGUGUUGUAAGUGCUUGUUGUUUGAUCUAUUGAUCUUUAUUCGUUUCAAACCUUGUAAAGGAUGCUAAAUGCAUAAAUAAUAUGGUAAUGUUAUCUUUUA